AUGGGGCAUGAAUGGGUUUGGUUGGAUUCUGAACAAGACUAUCCCAAUGACUCUGAGUUGAGCAACGAUUGCAGGUCACUCUUCAGCUCAUGGGACUCCAGUUUGGAUCUUGAUAUGGGCAGCUGGAGGGAAACUGAGGAGCCAGGGGCUGAGGAACUAGAGGAAAGCAGCCCAGGGAGAGAACCUCGUGAGCUGCUUGUGGGGGACGGAGGCAGUGAGGAAUCUCAGGAAGAGGCGGAGCAUGUCAGCCGCCAGAACCUCCUCCACUUUCUCUCUGAGGUAGCUUAUUUAAUGGAGCCAUUGUGCAUUAGCAGCAAAGAAUCAGGUGAAGGCUGCUGCCCCUCAUCUGGCACCAGACAACAAGAGGCGAGGGGAAUUGAAGCUACUGAAGGAGAGGGGGAGCCCUGCAAAGAGCCUGAAGAGCUUUCAGCCAAGGUAGACCCCUUGGUAGCUGAGAAGUCAUUACUGGGAGAAAAUGGAAGGCCAGAGGUGGCUCCACCUCCCUCAGAUAUUUGGGCACUUCAGGAACAACCCACAGAGAGUGAAGAGGGGGAGGUUCAGCAAGAAUCCAAAGAGGAGGACCAGAGUGAAGGGUAUGUGUCAGAGAUGGAAGAUCAGCGUUCUUCAGGUGAGUGUGAUGAUAGCUUCAGCAUCCAGGAGACUCCUCUGGUGGAUAUCCUUUUCAGCCGUGCUACCUCCUCAAAGCUUUCUGAUCUAGGCCAUAGUGACCCUGUUCAGGAUCACUUGCUAUUUAAGAAGACUCUCCUGCCAGUCUGGAAGAUGAUAGCCAGUCACAGGUUCAGCAGUCCGUUUCUGAAGCCUGUGUCAGAAAGGCAGGCCCCAGGAUACAAGGAUGUGGUGAAAAGACCCAUGGACUUAACUAGCCUGAAAAGGAAUCUGUCUAAGGGACGGAUUCACACCGUGGCUCAGUUCCAGAGGGACCUGAUGCUGAUGUUCCAGAAUGCUGUGAUGUACAAUGACUCUGAUCAUCAGGUGUACCAUAUGGCUGUGGAGAUGCAGCGAGAAGUCUUGGAGCAGAUUCAGGUGCUGAGUAUUUGGUUAGACGAAAGAAGAGACUUAAAUAGUCUGGAAUGAGAACUAACCAACCCCAUGGAUGAUGGGAAACCUGUUUUGCUAACUUGGAGCUGCUACCCUGAACUUUUCUGGAAUUUGGAUCUUUCAUUGAGACUCCGACCUAGAGAAGAUCCCAGUACUUGUUUACCACUUCUCUGUUGUCUUUUCCAAUAAGAAUAAUGCCUUAACUUACAACCAAAGAAUUAAAGGUGCCCGUGGACAUAAUACAAAGAAAACACGGGAAACUGAGAU